CACCAUGCGAGGCGACCUCGCAAGGUUCACCACAGGCACUCACAGCCCUGCACUAAUCAGCACUGCUCGAAAUUUGAUGCUUGGCCUACUACUGCCGUUCGCAUCGGGCUAUAGCGCGGCGACGCCGCGGCUGGCCGCCACAGCUCGCGUCACGCCGCUGCGGUUGUCGAAUGCCGAGCCAGCUGUCAGCGGCCUCCAGGCCCUGCAGAGGAAAGCGCUGCCGUUUGCGCGCCCGCCGCUCGCGCCUCGAAGGAGGCGACCGCCGCCCGUGUGCAGCGCGAGCAAGGUUGGCUCUGUGCCGCUGGCGCUCGAUCCGCAUCGCUGGGUGCAGCUCGGCAUCCUCUCGAUGCUGGCUCUGCUGAGCGACUGGACGUGCUUCGCCACGGUGGCAGUGCCGUCCGAGUGGAUGACGCUCGAGGGGCACGACGCUGCGGAGCUGAUCGACAUCUUCCUCGCCUCCAACGUGGUGUCCUGCUUCCUCUUCACCGACAUCGCCGCGCGCCUCGGCCUCAAAAAGGUUGUGACGGGGGCGGCGACGAUGAUGGCGGGCGGCUGCCUGCUCCGCUCGGGCAUCCCAUUCGUGGAGCCCGCGAUAGAGGUCAUGCCCGGGUACGGCUGGGAGGUUGCGGGCACCAUCCUGGUUGGCAUGGCGCAGCCCUUUUUUCAGUGCACUCCGCCGCUCCUGUCCGCCACCUGGUUCGGCUCCUCCGAGCGGGCGCUCGCCACCGCCACGGCGAUCAACUUCAACCAGGUCGGGAUCGCCACCGCCUUCAUCGUCGGAGGCCUCAUGGCAAACUCGCCCGAGGGCAUGCACGCCUACUUCGACGUACUCGCCUGCGUCUCGAUCGCCGCCGCCGCCGCCACAGCCCUCCUCUUCCGGGACAGGCCAGAGACGCCGCCGUCCGCCUCGGCCGCCGCCGCCGCCGCCGAGCUCGCCGUCGCGCCGCCGCCCGCUCCGCGCCUCGAGUACCCGCGCAAGGCACUCGCCCUCCUCCGCUCUCCCGGCUUCGGCGUCGCGACCGCCUCUUUCGUCGCGUCGAUCGGCUGCACGAACAUCGACCUCGCCGGCGCGGGCUUCCAGCUCGCCAUCGUGCUGGGCGGGAUCGGGCUCGGCGGACUGGUCGACCGCAACAAGAACUUCAAGCUCGUCAUCCUCUCCUGCCUCCUGUCGUCGGUGUCCUACCCGUGCGACGAGAAUGCCGUCGAGGCGACGCAGCAGCUCGCCGGCAACCUCUUCUCGGCGCUGCUCGUCCCUAUCUGCCAGAGCGCUGCUGCAUACGACCUGCAGAUGCCGGGUCGUGCGAUGGACAUACGCGGCGAUACGCUCGUGCUGCUGGCGCUGGUGGCCGCCACCGCCGUCGCCUUCUCCUCAUUCGACGCGCCCCUCGAGCGGACCCGCGUCGACGACGAAGGCGCCGCCGCGGAGCUGUGA